AUGUUCAGAAUGUUGGAAAAGGAAAGAUUGUUAUUCCUUCUUCUCCUAGUUUUAGGGACUUCUAUCAUCUCUGCAAGAUAUUUAGAAGGUAAAGAAAACGUUCUAUAGUAAUAUUGUGUGGAGUCGAGGAAACAGCUCGUUUGCGGCACUCGGAUUGAUCAGUUCAUGAUGGUGAUUGGAGGCGAAGGCUAUUAUUUUGGAUGCUUCUACAAGCUUGAGUAGUUUUGACUUUUUAUAAAAUCCUUUUUACGGUGCAAGAAUUUGACUACAAGUUUAAGCCACGUUAAGUUUUCCUUUGUGGCGUAAAUAGCGGUUAAACUUCAGACUACUCCGUCACAUACAUGUAUUUGGAUCUCGUUUGAAUAACGAAUGUGUGCCUGUUGUGUAUUUGUAGAAAUAUCCUGUUCGUGUAAUUUCUGUGGCAGUUAUUAUGGCUGUUGUUGAGCUGUGCAUAAUACUUUUAGCCUUUGUUGUGCUUUAAAAUAGAAGGACUAUAUUUUAAUUGUUGUGACAGAGUUUUGCAGUCUGUUUUCAGAUUAACUGUUUGGUUACAAUAAAGGCCCUAGCAUUUUCAAUUUCGAACUCGUUAUUUUUUAACUGGGACUCAUGAUUUUUCCCAAGAUGAGCCCCAGGACUCACCAUAACUAUUUGUAACAAAAUCACUGCUUCUGUGUUGAACAGACUCCAGUGAAGACCGACGUGCUGACCAUGAACAGGCUGAAGAACUUAAAAAUGAAAGUGACAUGGACGAUGAGAAUGAUGGCAAAGAUGAUGAUGAGGACUUUAAAAAUGAUGGCGACGACUUUGAAAGUGAUGACCCCGAUGGUAAUAACGAAGACGCAGAUGAAGAUGAUAGCAGGGAAGAGGUGGUCAAGAUACAGCCAGGUCAGUCGGAUGAAGGAGAACAAGAAGAUGAAGACACCAGUGAGGAUGAGGGUGAUGAAUUUGGAGAUGAAGCUGAUACAACUGAUGAUCAUAUGAUUGAAGGAGAUGAAGGUGGCAGGUCCCUCGCUGACCAGGAAGAGGAUACUGAGAAUGUAGCUGAUCAAGGGGGCUUUGAAGACUUUAAGAAAGUAAGUAGUGAAUAAUGUAACUAUUAGCAAUUUUGCUAUCAAGUAAUUUAAAGUUCCUUGAUUGAUUGAUAGCAAUAUUUUGUCUUGCAACCACAAACAUUUAUAAGGUGAUGGUGGCAACUGACUUUGCUCAUCAGACAGUGGUGGAUUUUGAUCCCCACAAAUGGUUGGUCGACUGUGAUCGUUGUUAUUCAUCUAGAAGUUGUUCCUCAGAGGUCUGCGUUUGUCAAGAAGCUAUGCAUGGUUUUCCAAAUGAGGGCUGAUUAAUGCCAUAUGUUUACACAAAGUAACAACGCAUUACAGUUAACAAAAUGAAAUAUGUGGUCAAUUUUAAUAAAGUUAAGCUCAAAGCGUAUGCACAUACAAUACUAUUAAUUUUCUUUAGCUAGAUCUCACUGGCCCUAAGUCUAGUUUUCUGAAAAAAGUAAAAGAGUCAAACAGAAUAGUCACUAACCUAAAGAAUAUUAUUACAUGUAUGUACUUAAAAUUGUACUGUUCUAUUUUUUUCAGACAGCAGAUGAAAUUGCCAGAGAAAAUGACAACAUCCAAACACAAAUAAAAGAUCUGGAAGACAAAUUUGACCAAGUCCUAUCUUCAGACAGUGAUAAAGUGAGUUGAACAUGAAAAAGUAUUUUAUAGGAUCACAAUAAUUAACAAUUGUUAUUAUGUUGUUUUUUGUUGUGUGUUAUUCUGUUGUAGAGUAUCCUUUUCAACAGUGAAUCUUCACUUGUCCUUUUUUAUUUUGAUUUUUCCAAAAAAAUACAUGUAAGAUAAUUACAAAUGGUAUAAUGAUACAUAAAAAACUUAUUAUAUGAGCCCAAGUAUCCAAAGAAUCCUAGAAAACUUUUUUGGUUUAAAAGAGAAAUAAAAAUUAAUUUUUAUAAAGUGAUAAUGUACUAUCACUUCAAAGAUAAACAAAACAUCAAUUCACAACAUUCAAUGUUUUUUUAAGUAUUUUGUUUCAAAGCAAAAGAAGAGUAUUCAUUUAUUUAUUUAUCUUGCAAAAUUGAAAAAAAUUGUACUUUGUGCAAAGUGAGAACAUUAAUUCUUAUAAGAGUACUACAAGUUAUCUUAAAUUAAACUGGAGUAAUGUUUGAUCAUUGCAGAGCCAUGAGGGAAGAGACCUUAAAGUUUGAGUACAAAAUGGAUGAAAAGUUUUGACACCUAAAUCAUCAUCAAUGCUUCUUUAGAAUCAUCUCCAAGUUAAUAUCAUCAAUCAUCAUUCCUAAUUUACUGUAUUGCUCAGUAGAAAAUGUCCGUGAUAGUAGUGGUUAGAUACAUGGACAUGUACAACUCUGUACUUGGAACAUUUCGUUGUAAUCAGUUUCUUGUAUUGGUAUUAAUUAGGCAGCGUCUGAUCCUGCAAGAGAUGUUAAGGAAGAAAGUGAGAUAGAUGCAAAGAUGCAAAGCGAGAUGUACCGUGAUCAAAGUUUAAACAAAGCCAGUAAAGUUGAGAUGAUGUCUAGUAAGGUUGGAGGCGAACAAAAUGAUGAAAAUCUUGUCAGACAAUAUGCCCAAGUUGGGGAAGAUGCUAAUGUUGAGCCAGAUGAUGACUACUAA